UAUUUUUCCAGAUUAAUUUUGGACCUGAAAUAGCAACAAAUUUUGAACUAUGCAGACAAUUAAGUGUGUGGUGGUGGGAGAUGGUGCUGUUGGUAAAACAUGUCUUCUAAUUUCUUAUACGACAAAUAAAUUUCCCUCUGAAUAUGUACCAACGGUGUUCGAUAACUAUGCUGUAACAGUGAUGAUUGGCGGGGAGCCGUACACCUUAGGCCUGUUUGAUACCGCAGGACAGGAAGAUUAUGACAGAUUACGGCCCCUCAGCUACCCACAGACAGAUGUGUUCCUGGUCUGCUUCUCUGUGGUGUCGCCCUCUUCGUUUGAAAAUGUUAAGGAGAAGUGGGUCCCCGAAAUCACUCACCAUUGUCCGAAGACUCCGUUUCUGCUCGUCGGGACCCAGAUUGACCUCCGAGACGACCCCUCGACGAUCGAGAAGCUCGCCAAGAAUAAGCAGAAGCCCAUCACUCCCGAGGCUGCGGAGAAACUGGCGCGGGACUUAAAAGCCGUCAAAUACGUGGAAUGCUCUGCGCUCACACAAGUAAGCCCCACCCACCCCUGUUUAAAUCAAUGUCCGCGGCUGUUGUUAGCGGAAGGGGAAGUGUGGGGGGGGGGAUCUUCAGAGAGCAACGGGGUAAGAUCCGGCAGGUAAGUUCCUCUUGAGAAG